CAACAACAUUUCUAUAAUCGAAGAAAAACAUUUUUCAACAUUAAGUAAAAAUCUUUCAAGCGGCAUACUUCGUUGUCUCUGCUCUAUUGGAAAUAGAAAAUGUGUUCUCUAAUGCGUCUCAAGGCUUUGGAUGUGGGCAACAAGAAGCUGUAUGGCCUUCGCUCUUAUGCCUCGCAAGCCAUUAACCAAAUGAUUCAACUGCAGCAUACGGAAAUUUGUGCAGAUCCCCCCUCCAGAGGUUUGGUUUUGGGAGUCUAUGCCGAGGAGGAGGACAAAAAUGACACUGGCAUUCUAACUGCUGCAGCCUGGAGAUACAACGUCCAGAAAACUGCAGGACGUUUGCUGGAGGUUUUGCGUAUGUCUGGACCUAUGCCUAAGGUGGGUGAGUCACGUUUGCUCUUUGCCCAGGAAACUGAGAAAAUUCCCUACUAUUCGGCUGUGGCUAUGAUUGGCUUGGGCAAGGAAUGUCUCGGCUAUAAUCCCUAUGAGAUCCUGGAUGAGCAAAAGGAAGCCAUACGAAGAUCUGUGGCAAAGGCUUGCAUGGAUUUGGCCCUCUUGGAUACCGACCGCAUUGAGGUGGAAAAUUGUGGUCAUGCUGAAUCGGCAGCUGAGGGAGCCGCUUUGGGUGUUUGGGCCUAUCAGGAGUUAAGAGACUCUAAAAACCGCCUGGCCGUUCCCUCUAUAGAUUUGUAUACCCAUAAAGAUGAGAUCUGUGACAUUGAAGGUUGGCGUAUUGGUCUACAGAAGGCUGCAGCUCAAAAUUUGGCCCGCCAGUUACAAGAAAUGCCUUCGAAUAUUUUAACACCUACAGCAUUUGCCCAAAAUGUGGUGGAGGUUCUCUGCAAAUCAGGUGUCAACGUAGAGGUCAAGGUUGAGGGUUGGGCUGAGAGUCAAAUGAUGAAUGCCUUUUUGUCAGUGGGCAAGGCUUCGUGUGAACCGCCCAUCUUUUUGGAGUUGAGCUACUAUGGCACCUCAGCCGAAGAAAGACCCAUAGUUUUGGUAGGUCAAGGCUUGACUUAUGAUUGCGGAGGCAUAUGCUUGAAAGAUAAACAGGAUCUGUUUGAGAUGAGAGGUGAUGUCACAGGAGCAGCAGUAGUGGUGGCAGCCUGCAGAGCCAUAGCCAGCCUAAGAUUGCCGGUCAAUAUUCGUGGCCUUAUACCUGUGUGCGAAAAUGUUAUGGGCUGCAAUGCUUUCCGCCCCGGCGACACUGUACAAACCAUGAACGGCAAGCACAUCAAGAUUCAAGGUACCGACCAUGAAGAUGUCUUGGUACUGGCCGAUACCCUGCUCUAUGCUCAGAAUUUUUGUCCCAAGACCAUAAUUUCGGUGGGCACCACAUCGCGCAGCAUGCAUCAGACCUUGGGUGAAGCAGCCUGUGGGGUAUUCACCAAUUCGGAAAUUCUAUGGCAACAAAUCAAACAUGCCAGCAUGCAUACGGGAGAUCGUGUGUGGCGCCUUCCUCUGUGGUGGUACUUUACAAGUGAAAUUACGGCAGGACAAUCAUCGGAUGUUCAGAACUAUGGUGUGGGUACGGGUGGACGUCCGUGCAAGGCAGCAGCUUUUCUAAGAGAAUUUGUACCCUGCGGCCAGUGGAUGCACAUAGAUGCCACAAAUGUCAUGACCACCAAUGGUCGUUGUUUUGAAUACUUGCGGCGUGGCAUGGCUGGACGUCCGACUCGUACUUUGAUCGAAUUUAUUGCCCAAAGCAUUUGCAAGGAUACAGCCCCAAAACCUCCACGUAAGGGAAAAUAGAGAAGAGUUGACAACUUGUGAUUUCAUGACCUUUAUUUUUAUAACCUUGUCAGAAUUUUUUUAUGUUGGUUUUUGAAUUUCGAUUUCGAAUCUAAAAUUAAUUAUUGAAAUUUUGGAAAA